AACAUUUUUGCGUCAGUGUAAACCUCACCCAAACAACAGCAUCAGUUCAUUUUGCUAAAAACAAUCAGACAGUUGACCCUUUCAAAAUCCCAAGGACUUUGGCUAGUGUCUGCCCUUCGGAGACAGCUCUAGGAAGGGACUUCAUUGAAGUCCAAGUCACAACACUUGAAAAAAGUACAAUCUCCCAGGCAAAACCAUCAAAGACUCACGGACAAACACCGAAAAAUCGAUAGUGCAAGGUUCCAUCGCCAAAAAUGGGAUCGUGGCCUCAGGACAACAUCAGUUAGUGCGACAAAAGUAGACAAGAAACAAUGUUAGAAAAUUUAAUUACGUCGUAGAGGAUUUGUAAACUUCCCGCAACGUCAGUCGUUCUCUUGGUGUGCGUCGAAUCAGUAGAGGAUGUGUACAAGGAGUGUGAGGUUCGCGCAAGUCUCCCCAAGUACCAGAAGAACCCUUCCAGUAGGUAUGUCACGGUCAGCUGUGAUCGCGAUUCUCGCAAAAUAAACGACACCAUUGUGUUGUCCUUUUUUUUUAAGCUCUGUGCACCCAUGAAUAGAAUAUCACCUUUGAACCCACGAGACACCAGUGAGAGAUUGUUGAAGUGUGUGUAUGGAUUCAGCUCUGAUCAAUAGUUUAUAACAAAUAAAAAAAAUAGACAAUAUGGUGGAGCCAAUUUUUGACUAUCAAUUUCGACUGAUUCUGAUUGGCGACAGCACAGUGGGAAAGAGUUCCUUGCUCAAGUAUUUUACGGAUGGAAAAUUUGCGGAGCUGUCAGAUCCUACGGUUGGUGUGGAUUUCUUCGCGAGACUGAUAGACGUGGACGAUGGGACAAGGAUCAAGUUGCAGUUGUGGGAUACAGCUGGGCAGGAGAGAUUUAGAUCAAUCACGAAAUCCUACUACAGAAAUUCCGUGGGUGCCCUCCUGGUGUACGACGUCUGCAAUCGAGCGAGUUUCGAGCACAUUCCCCAGUGGAUGAUGGAAGCUCGCAGGCACAUAGAGCCCCAUCGACCUGUCUUCGCCCUCGUCGGCUGCAAACUCGAUCUGGUGACCAAUGGAGGAAGGAGGGAGGUCUCCAAGGAGGAGGCACGAUCUUUCGCCGAUCAAAAUGGCAUUCAUCACAUUGAGACUAGUGCCAAGACUGGUGUCAACGUCACCGAGGCUUUUCGUGUUGUAACGCAGGAGGUGUACAACAGAAUUAAAACUGGCGAGUACAAGGUAGAGGAUGGCUGGGACGGCAUCAAGACUGGUUUUGCACGCCCUGGGGGGCUUGACUUCAAUCUAGUCGAGGCUGAACCUGCUAAAUCCUCAUGUUGCUGAGGUCGCUCCCAUUCUUUCCAGUCUCUUCAACGAACAAUGGCCCAAAAUAUUUCAAAAGUACUGGACAAAAUUUCAUUUGUCCUGGAGUCAUUCGCCUCGCAGUUCUUGCCAUUUUUCGGACUUCCUUUUUUCGAGAAAUAUUUGAGGAAAAUUCUGACUCACGAAAUCAUAAUUUUACAUUCGAAAUCGAUAAAUAUUUCAUGUGAGAGAGCCAUGAAUUUUAUUCCGCAUUAUUUCAACAAUUUAAAUGGCUCUAGACGGACGUACAGUCGACUUCAUUUCGAAAUCAUGAUAUCAUUUAAUUAAGUGAGCGAUUCCCGGAUAUUUUUAGACACUGGUAUUCAUCACUGGAAUUUAAAUACUCGAUGUUGAAUUAUGAGCGCCGAAGCUGAAUAAUUUUGUACAUAGGAUGUAAAUUACGAAAAGCAAUUGAACCAUUGAACUUCGAAUAGGACUAACAGACCUGGAAAUUAUCUCCUAGUAACGCGAAAUAUUCUGUUUUAAUUACCAGAAUUUUUACAGAAUUUAAUCAGGUGCAUUAGUGGUGCCUUCACUAGUGAAGCGCAAUAGAAUUUAAAAACGCGAUUGAGAAUCAAAAUUUCUGCAAAUGAUCCUCACAAUUAACAUUGGACUUUGGUUACCGAUGAAGAUACUGGUUAGAAUGAUCUGAAUAGUUAAAAACGCUUUAACAGACUCUCCCUUGUGUACAGGGGAGUUUCUCUUCUUCGAACAAGGAUGUUUAGGACUAAAGAUUGAAAUAAACCCAGAAUAUCAAUUUUUUAAUAUACUUUAUACAAAUUGUAUCCUCAUAAUUGAUGAAUGCGACGAUGAUAUUCAUUAUUGUAAAUAUCUGAUAGAAUUGUAGACCUGAAUUUUUAACUUAUUCACUAAUAAUUUUUUUCUGUUAGUUAUCUCGGUACCAAAAUAAAUAUUUCUUUCAAGAUGAA